UUUGUAACUUAUAUUACUUCGUCUAAUUUAUUUUACUUAUUUAGAAGCACUCGUUCACAGUUAACAUAAAAUCAAUUGUUUAUAUUUUGCCAUCCAAAUGGCAUUCGUGCGUUUUAAGUGUGUUUAGAGUAAAUAACAUAGAUAGCAAUCAACAAGGAGGUGCGAACAUGAUUCAUAAACACCCACGUGAGGCACACCUGAGCAUUUACUGUAAAGACUCACCCAGGUGGAGCUUAUAGUACAGACCUACGGACAGACGCUUAAAUCGAUCCAUUUUUAUAGAAAACAAAUAGUCAUAAUGGGGGGAGAUUGAUGUAUUUAUCGUUUCUUUCAGAAAACCGGGACAGCAUGCUGCGUAAAUUUGCGCUUUUGCGCUUCCUGGUCGGUGAGUUUGGCGUAAUGGAUGAAGGACUCGGACUGUCUAUCCGAACCGAUCAGGAUUGUGUUUCUCUUGUGACCCCUUGAAGCCUCCUAAGAAACGAAAUAGCGAAGGAUAUUAUUUGUGGGGAUUUUGUUCUGUUCCAUCAUCGAGAUCGCGUUAAUCGUGUUGGUAACCAAAGCGAAACUAUUGCGCAAUGGGUUUGUCAUGGUGGAGACUUCUGCUGGUCUUCUCGGUUUGCGGGUUUGUGUGUUCACUUAAACAAGUUACACACAACCCACAAAACAACAUCAUCUGUCCUCAGGGUCUUUUAAACUGCAGCGUGAAACCUACAGACCCUCUCAGAGCCCAUGAUGUGGACUGUGGUCCUGUACUACUGUGCUCUCUGACAGUCAAGUCUAAAUUGUGCUGUUAUGAUGAGCACUGCAAACCGUGUUUGUGGAUCAACGUCCAGUUGACUUUUAUCCCGGAUGCUGAGUUUGAGGAGGAUGGAGAAGGAUCUGGAUAUGACCAUGACAACAGAGGAGCUUGGGAUUCAGGGUGUGUUUCACUUCCAGACAACACAACCAAAGGUCAAAGUGCAACCGAUUAUCAUCUCUGUGAACAUCAGCUGGGUUAUCAGGGCAUGCCAGCCGCUGUGACAAUAUGCUACAAUUCGGCUGGAAAACUUCCAACAUUGUGCAAGAGGUUAGACUUCAUAGUGUCCUCUGCUAGAGGUCACAACACAUUUAAAAUGACUCUGGUGGAGUAUGAAGAUGUUGACUUUGGCAAAAAAAUGAAGAUUUCUGUCAGAUCUUUCAGUCAGUCGGCUGAAGUUGAAGUUCCUACAUUAAAAACAGUGUGUUCUUCACCCCUUCACAAGCACAUAACGGAGUGUAAAGGUCCCAGGGUCAGUUAUGUACUAGACAAACAGGACGGUGUGGUUAAGGUGAAUUAUGAGGCUGGGGAUGCGUCUGAACCGCAGCUCUGUAUGAAACGUGGAAAAGAAGGAAAAUGCAGGCGUCUCACAAGUAACGUCAUUCCACUGGAGUUAAUCACAGACUGCACGUGUUUUCAGGCUUGGAAACAAGGAUCAGGUCGUGUGGAAUUCUGUCCAUUUGAACAAAAUCAAGAGUUUAAAGAAAAUGUCCUGAGAAACGUGUCUGUGUUGGUGUACCACACUAAGACAUAUGAUGGUCAGCCUGUGCUGGGCUGGGAUCUAUCAGCCCCCUGCAGGAUCAAGGCUGAACUGUGGCCCUGUCACGUCCAAGCUGAUGGAAAAUGCACAGAGAUUCAUGGAUUCAGACAGCAGUGUACCAAUGAGACACAAUGGGAAGAGAACGUCACGAUGUUAUGGGCAUCCGGUAGUUUUGUGAAUAUCAAGUUUCGGAAUCACCAGCAGCUCUGUGUGAUGGUUCAAGCUGAUGGAACACUUCCACACUACCACUGCCAACUUUCCUUGAAACGGCAGUAUUGGAGUCUUUUUAUUCCUCUGGCACUGGUCAUCGUGUUACUGACCGUUUUUGGAAUCCUUCUGCUUGUGAACAAACUCAAACGGUGGAUCAGUGGAUGGGAGAGACAAUGUCAUUCUCAAGAUACAAGGAGACAGGUGUUGUUGCUUCAUUCAUCUGCCACCGACCACCAAGAACGGCUGGUGUGUAAACUGGGCCAGAUGUUUUCUGAGCUGGGCUUUGAUGUGUUUCUAGACCUUUGUUAUCAAACUGAGCUCGGUUCUCUGGGCCCGGCACCGUGGUUCCACUCCAAACUCAGUCACGUACAGAAACACGGAGGCAAAGUUCUUCUGAUGCUUUCACCGUCAACACUCCAGUAUGCCGAGUGGUACUGGAACCUGCACAAGAAAGGGAAGGAAAAGAUACCCAAAAACGUUUCCGCCUGCUCCGCAGAUGUUUUGGGUGCUGCCCUAGGCUGCAUUCUAGCUGACCGCCAGAAGGGCGGCGCUCCUCAGCGAUUUGUUCUUCUGCAGUACGACAACAUUAAAAACCUUAUCAAUGAGGAGAGUGACGUGCCAGAGCUGUUAAGGGGCUUGCCGCUGUAUAAACUCCCCUCACAGACUCAAGGACUGCUUGGGGAACUGUGUUCGGAAAGCCUGAACAGCCUGAGCGGGACGUUAAAGAAGAUGUGGUGGAUGAAGAGAGCGCAGAGGAAGUUGUCUCGUGGACUGCAGAACGUUUGUAAUGAUGAAAGAGCGAGGACUGAAUCGAUGCUCACUCAGGAGGAGGCACUCAGCCUGGACAUGGAAGAUGUUUACCUGAAAAAGGAACAGUUAUGAAGCUGUCAUGUGUCGUGGACUGCCUCAAUACAUCAGAACUCGGACAUCAUUUUUGGUGUACGGUAUUAUUUAGAUAUGGUACAUAUGACUUUACUUUAAAAAAAAACAUUUUGUCAUCAUUUAUCCACACUCAUGUCAUUGAAACCUGUAUGACUGUCUUCUGUGGAACGCACAAAAAAGAUAUUUUGAGAAAUGACUCUGUGGUUUUGUGCUUAUACAAUGGAAGUCAGUUGAGGCCAGUGUUGUUUGGUCACCAUUGUUCUUUAAAAUAUCUUUUGUGUUCGCAGAAGAAAGAAAGUCAUACAGGUUUGGAGUAACAUGAGAGUGAGUAAAUGCGGAAAUCAUUUUUUAUCCCUUGAUACCUUUUUUAGACAUGCAGUACAGUAGGCUGUGUCACUUUAUGAUCAUCAUUUGGUAUACCAUGGUCAUUAUCGGAAGUAUAUAGCAAUAGACUAUGUUAAGAAAGAUUAAUUUUCUAAACUCUAAAGCACAAAGGAAAACAAGUAAACAUUUGAACAGUAAAGUAAGAGGAAGUAGGCUUUAUAAAGAAAAUUCCAAGGAACCUUAAAUGUCAAAUGAAAUUUCUCCGGUGUUGUAACUUUUCCGUCUACACUUAAUGUUGUAAAUACCUUGCUUUUUGACUAAUGUAUUUGAUGUAAAUAGGCUAUAUGAAAAAAAUGUUUUAUAAAUUGACAAAAUGUGUAAUUAAUAUAAACGUUCUGGUCGCACUGAUUUAUUG